AUGUUAAACGAGAGGCGUCGAGCAAAGCAGCGAUCGCGCACGAUUACGAGUGGUGGCAAACCGAGCCGAGCCGAGAGCAUCGUCUUCUAUUCGGAGAAGAGAUCGUUUCCACGAUCGUUACUGGAAGGAUAUAGCGACGGGGAUGAAAAUCAUGAUGCCACGUGGCCCGCGGGUACUUCAGGAAGAACAAGGGGAGAACUUGGACUAGUAUUACCGGCCCCGGCUCUGGCGAACGUGAGUUACCUUUACUGCGUUUGCUAUUCUCCAUUGUGCAUGACUACGAUACGGGACCGUGUAGGGGAGGCUGCGAGAGAGAUCGCAUGAGUCAUACGGAGGCGAGCUUCGUCCGCAUUGGCGUAGCAUAUACGUCUUUCCGAAGGGUAAAUCUUAUCUCCCGAAAUAUAUCACAUUUCGUUCACAACUUGUUUUUUCAUCAUUGAUUAAUAUGUUGCGUAUGUUUUG